CAUCUAUUUCCGACACAGCCAAACCCAUUUCUCUGUGUGUUCCCCCCACUCACAUCCCUCCCAACUUUCCCUCACUUUCCCGAGAAACCGAAAGAGAAACAACCGGAUAACGAUGAGAGAAAUCCUGCACAUCCAGGGCGGGCAGUGCGGCAACCAGAUCGGUGCCAAGUUCUGGGAGGUGAUCUGCGACGAGCAUGGCAUCGACCACACGGGAAAGUACAGCGGCGACUCGGAGCUCCAGCUCGAGCGCAUCAACGUCUAUUACAACGAGGCCAGCGGCGGGCGGUACGUCCCUCGCGCGGUGCUCAUGGAUCUGGAGCCGGGGACCAUGGACUCGGUCCGAUCCGGGCCUUUCGGGCAGAUCUUCAGGCCUGAUAACUUCGUCUUCGGGCAGUCCGGUGCAGGGAACAACUGGGCCAAGGGACACUACACCGAGGGCGCUGAGCUCAUCGACUCAGUGCUCGAUGUUGUCAGGAAGGAGGCCGAGAAUUGCGAUUGCCUGCAGGGAUUUCAAGUCUGUCAUUCUUUGGGUGGAGGAACGGGCUCUGGAAUGGGAACCCUUCUUAUUUCCAAGAUCAGGGAGGAGUAUCCAGAUCGCAUGAUGCUGACAUUUUCUGUCUUUCCUUCGCCCAAGGUUUCUGACACAGUUGUCGAACCAUACAAUGCCACCCUUUCUGUGCAUCAGCUUGUUGAGAAUGCUGACGAGUGCAUGGUCCUGGACAACGAGGCCCUGUACGACAUCUGCUUCCGUACACUGAAGCUUGCCACCCCUACCUUUGGUGAUCUCAAUCACCUCAUCUCUGCUACCAUGAGUGGCGUCACAUGCUGUCUUCGGUUCCCUGGACAGUUGAACUCCGACCUUCGGAAGCUUGCAGUCAAUCUCAUCCCAUUCCCUCGUCUCCACUUCUUUAUGGUUGGGUUUGCACCCUUAACAUCAAGAGGAUCACAGCAGUACCGUGCCCUGACUGUGCCUGAAUUGACCCAACAAAUGUGGGAUGCCAAAAACAUGAUGUGUGCUGCGGACCCCCGACACGGCCGUUACCUAACCGCUUCUGCCAUGUUCCGUGGUAAGAUGAGUACGAAGGAAGUUGAUGAACAGAUGAUCAAUGUCCAGAACAAAAACUCAUCCUACUUUGUUGAGUGGAUACCCAACAAUGUUAAGUCUAGUGUGUGUGACAUCCCACCCAAGGGUUUGAAGAUGGCAUCGACUUUCAUCGGGAACUCCACCUCGAUCCAGGAGAUGUUCAGGAGGGUUAGCGAGCAGUUUACAGCAAUGUUCAGGCGCAAGGCUUUCUUGCAUUGGUACACCGGGGAAGGGAUGGACGAGAUGGAGUUCACCGAAGCCGAGAGUAACAUGAACGAUCUGGUGGCCGAGUAUCAGCAAUACCAGGAUGCAACUGCUGACGAGGAAGAGUACGAGGAGGAGGAGGAGGAAGAAGAGGAGGUUGUCGGUUGAUCUUUGUAAUUUUCAGUUUGCCCGAAAACUGUUAUGUUGUUGGCUUACUUCCUGGGAGUGAUUAUGUUCUGUUGUCGAGCAGUCGAAGUCAGAUAGACAAAGUUGGUGAUGUGUAUGGAUUGUGGGUCUAUGUAUAAGAGGUGGGUUUUGGUGACAAUGCUUUAGUUUGUAAUUCGAGUCAUGGAUCUCUGUACCCAGUAGAUAGUCUUGUGACAUGAUUCUUAUAUAUUGAUGGUGUCUAUAUUAUCAUUUCA